UAAACAGCGACCGAACUUGUCUAUUGCAUUUCAACGUUUUAUCAACCGAAAGCCACAGCCUCCGCCUCCGCCUCCGCCGCCGCCGCUACCAACAACUGAAAAUAACCAGAGGAGUCAUCCUGGCCUCUUCAUUUAUUCAUCAAUUUUCAGGGAAGUAAAGCUUUUUUGAGGCAGAUGAUGGAGGCUAACUUGGCAUUCAAAUUCCACUGUUCAGCAUGGGUUGACUCGGGAAAUUUUACGAGAAAACCGACCGGUGCUGUGAGGUUUAAUGCACCAUUACAAGGAAAAGAAAAGAUUCCGGCGCUCAUUUCAGCUCACCUGAAGCCUCAGGGGACUCCAAAUCGGCACAGAUCCGUCUCUCUGGGAGCUUCCAGUUCGUACAAGAAUUUUCCAGCAAUGUUGGAAACUGGAAGCUUUCAAGCUGCUUCGGAAGAAGCUUUAAUUUUGAAGAAUAAGUCACUUGAGGUUGAGCCAUAUUUAAAUGGACACUGUAUAUAUCUUGUUGGAAUGAUGGGAUCCGGAAAAACAACUGUCGGGAGGAUUCUGUCUCAAGUACUUGGUUAUUCAUUUUGUGACAGUGACUCAGUCGUGGAGGAGGAUGCCAAUGGAACUUCUGUAGCUGAGAUCUUUAAGCUCUAUGGAGAGGGUUUCUUCAGAGAUAAGGAGUCUGAAGUAUUGCGGAGGCUGUCUUUAAUGAAUCAGCUUGUUGUUUCUACUGGUGGAGGUGCAGUCAUACGACCCAUCAACUGGAAAUAUAUGCAAAAAGGAAUUAGUGUCUGGUUGGAUGUACCUUUGGAAGCCUUGGCAGAGAGAAUUGCAGCAGUAGGUACCGGUUCUCGCCCUCUUUUGCAUAAUGAAUCAGGUGAUGCUUACAUAAAGGCUUUGAAGCGUCUAUCUUCUCUUUGGGAAGAAAGGGGUGAAGCAUAUGCGAAUGCUAAUGCCAGGGUUUCCUUGGAAAAUGUUGCAGCCAAACUAGGUCUUGGAGAUGUGUCGAAUCUGACACCAACUGCUAUAGCAAUCGAGGCACUGGAACAAAUUGAAAGCUAUCUAAAGGAAGGGUGGUGACAUUAGCCUUUAGCAGGGUUAGUAGAUUGGACAAGCUCUAAAUUAUGGUGCUUAAAUUUUUUUUUUUUUUUAGUGGCAAUUGCAUGUUAUAAUCUAGAAGCGCUAUAAAAGAUGUGUCGAUUGGGUCGUUUGUAAUUGAGGCAUAGUAUGUGCAACGUUUCAAGUUUUAGUGGUGAAACGUUUCCCUUGGAACCGCAAAUAAAGUCGGCACAGAAAUCGAAUGUGACAAGUUGUACAAAUAAUGUGUGAAUGAAGAUGAAAGUGUUUGCAUCAAUCUCCAGAGCCACUUGUAGCAGGUAGUUUGUGUAUAAAACCGAGUUGAACAACAUUAAUGUGUGUAAUAAACACUACAUGAGCGAAUGAGAGUCCAAGCAUCGUAAAGCAGUGGACAUCAGAAUUUAUUAAGUACAGACACAGAAUAUGUACAAUGAACGCUAGUAUGGCAG